AUGGAGUGCGUUUGCUUGGCCCAGCUGAAGGUCAACUGCCCUCCUCCCCUUCCUCCCCUUCCUCCCCUCCCUCCCCUCCCUCCCCUCCGUCCCCUCCGUCCCCUCCCUCCCGUCCCCCCCCUCCCUCCCACUACUGCUGCCGCUGGUAACGCUGGUGGGUCCACUAGCAUGUCCUGCCUGCCGGCACGCCCACCUGCCCACCCGCCUGCCUGCCUGCCCACAUGGGUGGUGCAUGCAGACAUCCUCAAGUGGCCCGUGCACACCCUCCUGCCUGCUCGCCUGCAGCGCCUCACUCGCACAGCAGGGGGCGACGCACACACACUGGGAGGGGCGGGGGGAAGGGCAGCACAAGGCGAAGGGGUGUUGGCGAUUGGUGGGGCAGAAGCACGCACGAGUGGGAUGGAUGGCAUGGUGGGAGAACCGCCAGUGGUUCUUGCUGCUGCACGCCCUGCUGCUGCUCCCACAGCUGGCGCUGUGGCGAGCAGAGGCAGCGAGGGGAGUGGAGGCAGCAGUGCCUUGCGUGCCAAGGUCCCCCACCACACCCCCUGCAGUGCCCUCCCUUUGACAUCUGCCACUCUCUCCUUACCUCCCACCUCACACCGGGCCUCGAGUGCAUGGCAGGUGGUGACCAACCUGCCCUUCAGCAUCACCACUGCCUUCCCCUUCAAUGCCCCCCUGCCUGACGUGCCUCUCGCCCGUGCGCCUCUCUCCCAGGUGGUGACGAACCUCCCCUUCAACAUCACCACGGACUUUCUGCGCCUCUUCCUGCCCCUCGGCCACCUCGUCUCCACCGUCGUCUGCAUGCUGCAGGUGAGGUGCGGUGAGGAUGACGCGGCGCAGCGGCUGGUGGAUGCAACACCGGCAGCGUCGCAGUACCGACCGAUGAGUGUGGUGGUGCACUACUAUGCAGGGUGCAGUACUAUGCAGGUGAGCACUCGGCUCUGCCUGAGCAAGCAGCACCAUGUCACUGCUUCCCCAAUACACUGCAAUCCCCUCAUCUCUUACUCUGCAAUCCCCUCAUCUCUUACUCUGCAACCUUUAUUCUCAAUUCCCUCCUCAUCUCUCACUCCCCUCUCCCCAUCUCUCACUCCCCUCUCCCCAUCUCUCACCCCCCUCUCCCCAUGUCUCACUCCCCUCUCCCCAUGUCUCACUCCCCUCUCCCCAUCGCUCACUCUCCCCCACACAUGCAUCGCCCUUCCCCCAUCAGACCCCACCUAUCAGUUCUUCGUCAGCCGCCGCAGCUUCCUACCGCCCCCCAAUGUAUGUUCCAAGGGUCAUGUCUGUCAGAAGAAUGAACGACAAUGA